CUUGUAGAUGCCUUGUAGCUCCAACAGCAUGUGGAGAAAAGAAAGGAGCUAUGACAAAUGGACCCAGCCUGGAUGGAGGAUAGAGCAGAAAUAUGCAAACAAAGUGCUAAUUGGGAACUGGGUGGAAGAGAGGCUGCAGUUCGCCAGGGAGUGCAGGACGGCGAACAGCACCAACCGUCUAGACUAUCGGCCACAGUGGGACUACCAGCCAGACACCUUUGUGAGACGGACAGCCAUGCGCAGAGGAGAGGGCCUUCCUCCAAAGCUGCUGCUGGCCCACCAUGACACCCCCACCUCCCACUUCCUGGUCACCCAGUACGACGAGAUGUACGGGCAGAGGGGCGACUCCGCCGUGCCCAAGCUGCGCUCCUGGGACUCCAACAGACUGGCGUGGAUUCCAGAGCGCUCUGACCAUGCAGCCAAAGUGCCUCCCACCAACUUCGGGCUGGCGGAGGCCCGUUGGGCGCGUGCCGACAGGCACCGGCGGAGCGAGGCGACGCCCGCGCUGAGCUCCUACCGCUCGUCCUACCAGCAGCCCCCACCCUCCGCCGUGUGCCCUCGCCGUCCUCCCCCGCCUCUCGGCCAGACCCAGCUCCCGAGGCUCCCGGGGCUCGGAGGUCAUUCCACGCCUGUUCGGACCAGCGCCUGAUGCCCUGGCCGGAGCAAAGGGGCCUCCCUUGCCAGCCUUUCCCUUGGCCACAGGGGGGAAGAUCCAACCAACAUGGAGGCCAAAGCUGUUUCCUAUCAACGCUCACAUUUCAGAACGGCAGAAUAUCUCUCAGAUAUUGU